UGGUCUGUUCUGCGCGCCAUGGCUGUGUCAUUUCGAGGUUGUCUGAUCGCCGACCCGCACACUGACCGCCAGCUCGUCCACCUCCACGUAACAUGCUCGAACCUACGAAGCAAGGGUGGGCCAAUGGGCGGUCACAUGAGCAAAGCUGAUGCGGGCUCUCAUGCGGCAUGAUAGGGUUGCAAUCGUUGCGGAUGCUGUUGGUUGGGCGCGUUUGUUAUUGUUUGUCGAUCCUUGCGCAUGAAUUGAUUGUGACACCGCGACCGCCGCAUCGCUCCCGAGUUCGACAUAGAGCGCCUGCACGUACGAUCUACCAUGCUAGCGCCAACUGCUCAUCCUUCAUUUGCCUCCUCGCGGAACGGAUAGCCGGCUGCUUUGGCGAAAUUGGUCGAGUCGGGAUAUCGGCUGAGCAGAAGUUUUUCAGACGCAAGGCGGUCAGCGUAUCGUUUCAUCUGACAGGCAUGGACGCUGGCGUAGAACCAAACCUGUGGGUACUCGACGCCCGCUGCAGCGCUCCAGUGAAGGCAAACACCAGAAGAUAUCGAGAACAUGCAUUAGAGAAAUUUGAACAGAUGUGCAUCGAGUGGGGACGAUGCUGAAGCGAUCGUGAUCCCAUAGGCUAUGUUCCCGUCAUACCACCUUCUGGUGCCUGAUUUGAGCCCGGGGACAAUUGGGCCUAAUCGCGACGAGAUUGAUGAACGAAGCCACGGGAUUGCAAAAGAGAGACUCAUUAUUGA